AGAAGAAGAAGAAGAAGAAGAAGAAGAAGAAGAAGAGAAGCUAAAUAAAGUAUGGAGAGCCCGGAGUUAACUUUUACUUUGGCCUACAUCGUGUUCUCGCUGUGCUUCGUGUUUACGCCCAACGAGUUCCGUUCGGCCGGUUUAACCAUCCAGAAUCUGUUUUCGUCCUGGCUGGGGAGUGAGGAUGUGGGCUUCACCCAGUACCACGUCCGGAGGACCAGCAUUACCGUACUGGUCCACUCCGCACUGCCUUUAGGUUACUACAUGGGGAUGUGUGUCGCUGCUCCAGAAAAAAACCUGGGAUAUGUUCACCAGCAGGUGAGUGACAGCUGGAGAGCAUUUCUCCUCCUCUCUCUCUGCCUCCAGUUGGCCAGCUGGACGCUCGUCAUCUACUGGUCCCGCCGUCGCUGGCACAACCAUCCAAUCAGCCGGACCCUGCAGGCCCACGUACAGCCUCCUCACUCCAGCUGGGGCUCUGUGGCAACCAGCAUCAACAGUGAGUUCAGACGUAUAGAUAAGUUUGCUACAGGGGCCCCUGGAGCCAGAGUCAUCGUUACUGACAGCUGGGUGUUAAAGGCGUCUUGGUCAAGGCUUUACCUUUUCCCAGUAGGCCCCCGUCUUUGUUCUCCACACGUGGUGACCACCUAUCACGUCCACAUGGCCUUACAGAGUGAAUGUCAUGUGACAGUGACAGAGUCUAGACAGCACCAGCUGAGUCCAGACUCAGCCUCCCCCGCACAGAUCUUGACCCUGAGAGUGGACAGCAUCAACCCUGCUGUCAGACCCUUUGAUAUCAGGCUCAACUCUACAGAGUAUGCAGAGCUCAGGGAGAAGCUCCAUGCUCCCAUCAGAAACUCUGCCAAUGUAGUGAUCCACCAAACGAUCAGUGAACUCUUCCUGGAAACAUUCAGAGCUCAGGUGGACCUCAAUCAGCGGUACACACUCCCUAGUGGACAGGAGAUGGAGCCCUGUAUCGGCUGUAUGCAGGUUCCCGCAAACACCAAGCUGCUCCGACUCUGCCACGUAGAAGGAGCUGAUAAUGAGUGCCAGCAGUGUUUCUGCAGACCCAUGUGGUGUCUGUCCUGUCUGGGACGAUGGUUUGCCAGCCGCCAAGACCAGCAAAGACCUGAGACCUGGUUGUCCAGCAGAGUCCCGUGCCCCACCUGUCGAGCCAAAUUCUGUAUACUGGACAUCUGUGUGGUCCGCUGACAAGGCCCACAUACAGAGCCAAAGGGACUUUUUCCUCUGGAAAUAAUGUGGAGGUGUGUUUUAACAUUCAGCAACAGACCUCUGGAAGAGGAGGGGUGGACAGGACACUGGACUUAGUUAUGUACCUGCCUAUUCUGUGCUUUCUGUGAGUGAUCAUUUAGCGUAAUGAUUAAACUCUGAUAACCAUUUGGUUUGAACCUCAA